AUGUUCGACAUUGAUGAACACGAAAUCCGCGUGCUUUCAGGAUGCCAUGAGCUCGGAUUAACCUCCGAACUUAUCGAAGCCUUCCAUGCGAUGCGCGCUUAUUCAGCUGUUGUUGAAAAAUAUAUGUCGGGCUCAUUGGCCAAUCCUAAUUUGGACAGAAUCGCAGAUCAACGAAAUUUUACCCAACACAGAAUUUUAAGUCUGCCACAAGGUUCGCAGUUAGCAGCAGUCCAUCACAAGCAGCUAUCUCUGUAUGAACCUUGCCGCAUCGCCGCUAUGAUAUAUGGGGUUGGGGUUAUCUUUCCUCUACCUGAACAGACCGCGCCCUUCAAAAGUCUGGCAACAAUGCUGAAACGAGAGCUUCAGCAAACUGAUUGGUCCUAUUUCAGCCAAAGCUCCCUAAGUCGCCGGUUUCUUCUAUGGAUACUGGUCAUGGGUGGCAUGGCUUCGUUAGGUAUGCCGGAGAGGAACUGGUAUGUGUCGCAACUGCACACUUGUCUGUCACAGUUCCGGACGACAACUUUUAGCAGCCUCAGAAGAAGCCUCAAGUCAGUGCUGUGGCUAGAUUGUGCAUGUGAUACGGGUGCUCGUGAACUUUGGAAAGCCUCUAAGGACCUUGAAUGA